AAAACCAGUCUUCCAACACACUUCAAGCUGAGUGAGAGAGAGUGAGUGAGAGAGGGAUGUUGGAGAGAGUGCUAUCCAUGCGAAGAGGAGCUCACAUGGAGGAUGAAGGAGACGAGCACCAAGGAGACGAAUCCAAAACCAAGAAGCAUCUUUCAAUCGCCAUUCGAAUCACCAACUACUUCACCCGAACCGGUUACCUCUGCCCCAUUAUCCUCAUCGCCAUAGCCAUCCUCCUAAUAUCCUCCUUCUUCGUCCGCUCCCAUGAUUUGCUCUGUGUUUCUUCUAUCUCUUCCUUUGAUCGCCUCUCUCGCUCUCGAUUCUUCGGCUUGGAUGGACUCGAAUCGGAUUUCGGAUCCCUAGGCGUCCCGUGGUGCAGAUCGAAACAUGGUAAAACCGUCCAGUGGACAUCCAAGGACUUGCUCCAAGGUCUUGAAGAAUUUGUACCUAUAUACGAAACACGACCCAUCAAGAAUAACAUGUACGGGAUGGGUUUUGAUCACAGCUUUGGGCUCUGGUUUAUUGCACGAUGGCUGAAACCAGAUAUAAUGAUCGAGAGCGGAGCUUUCAAGGGGCAUUCCACCUGGGUCUUGCGGCAAGCAAUGCCAAACACCCGAAUUAUCUCACUUACGCCUCGCCAUCCUGAAAAGUACCUUAAAAAGGGCCCAGCAUAUGUUGAUGGGAACUGCACGUAUUUUGCUGGAAAGGACUUCAUUGAUUUCGGAAGUGUUGAUUGGAGGACCGUGAUGAAGAAACAUGGCGUAACUGAUCUGAGUCGAGUUCUUAUAUUUUUCGACGAUCAUCAGAAUGAACUAAAAAGAUUGAAGCAGGCACUGAAAGCUGGCUUCUCGAAUCUUGUUUUUGAGGAUAAUUAUGAUACUGGAACCGGAGAUCAUUAUUCCUUGAGACAAAUAUGCGAUCAGUUCUAUAUACAAGGAGGUGGGCAUAGUUGCUUUGAAGAUAGCGACGAAGCUAGGGUAAGAUCGAGAAGGAAGAGCUUCUGGGAAAAGGCGGUGGAUACUCGAGAACUAUGUGGGCCAGGGGAAGCAUGGUGGGGCGUUAGAGGAUACAUGCGGGAUGAUUUCAACCAUACCAAUAAGCCGAUAUCGCUUGCACAACAUUUCCAGAACAGCAGGUUUGUCGAAUCAAUACUUGAUGUUUAUUGGGAACUACCACCAGUAGCCGGUCCGUCACUUACUCAUCAAACACGAUACGAUCCAGCACGUGCACCUAGUCCCAUCGUGGAAGAUGGACGAUUCGGCUUGUUCCAAAGACUCGGCUUAUCUAGACUCGAGACUUCCGUAUUUAACGGGUACACUCAAAUGGUUUACCUUCAGAUAUCGGCAAAAGAAUCCUAGCAUUCUGUUUACAGACUAGGCUGUUUCUUGCGGACGUCCGUGGCUGUCAAUAUUAUGGAGACCCAGUUUGCAAUUUGCAAUUAGUGUGCUUUUAAUAUUAGUUCUUCCACUUUUCUUAUUUUCCCAUGAUGACUUUAGUUUGUCGCCAAUAUGAUUUAUUGUUUACAUUUGCAAAUUGUGUCUUUGAUGAUUC